GAAGACCCUGUUGGAUGACGUCACGGCUGCCUGAAGGUCGCUAGAAUUCAUCAAAUGCAUAGACAGUUGGACUUGCAGCAUGACUCACUGAGGGACUAGGUUUAGAAAGUAAAGACAUUUCGUCGUCUGAGUUUCAUGUGGUCACGCAAGAGUUUUCUGGUUUUGGCACAAUCAGUUUGAAGUAUAAGAGAAGAUUAUCUGACACGACAACGCUCACAUCUGAGAAUGAGCGGAACAUUGUUAAUGUAGAGGUAACAAAGAACCAUGCGCAUAAUAGAUUUUCUAGGGUUUCUGCUGGCAGCAUUGGAUGCGAUACCAAAUGUGACAUCCAAUUAUAUGGACCGAGAGAAUGCUGAUGCUAUUGCCAACAGACAUAUUGACUUCCGCCAAGGAGAAAAAGACUUGAAAAAACCAUUUCAAUCAAAGAGAGCACUUCCCGAGGAACGCGGAACUGGGACCCCAUAUCGACAUCAAAUUUCCUCGCGUCAAAGCCUUCCUGACAACCGAACGAACACGAAAGGGGUCCAUAACUAUUCACAUCCUAAAGGCCUUCCGCACAAGAACUUCAGCCAAACCGGUCAGAAUAAUUCCAUUAUAUCUCUUGAUGUACAGGGCGUGGACCGGAGUUCUGAAAAGAAUAUGUUCGAUCCCACCGCCUUUGACACGCUUCCCUCCUCUCAGUUCAUGGAGAUAAGAGUAGCAGAUGCUAUUCAAAUGUACGUUCGACCGGUUAUCGCUUUUGUAGGCGUCUUGGGUAAUGCCCUAACGAUUGCAGUUAUGCUACGCCCUACGCUGCGUGAUACACAGGGGAGUAUGUACUUCGUUGCUCUUUCCGCUGUGGAUUUGACGAUCCUUAUUUUGAAUAUCCCAAGACACACCACCCGUGCUUACGUAGAUUUUGACAUCCGGAAAGUGUCACAGUGGACGUGUCGAUGGCAUAUUUUUCUUUUGUGGAGUUUUAUGGACCUGAGCGCAUGGAUCAUCGCUGCCAUCGCGAUAGACAGGGCCAUUGCUGUGUGUCAGCCGCUCAGAAAGAGACAAAUAACCACCCGCAGAAGAAACAGAAUCGUUUUGCUCUUUUUGACGUUCUUAACUUUUGCCGUCAACUUUCACGUGUUUUGGAGCUUUGGAGAUUCCUUUGAAAGUUCCAUUAAUGGGACCACUCUCAUUGGCCACUGUGAGCUGAACACAGACGCAGGGUUAUACGCUUUCAAUACAAAGGUGCGUCCGUGGGUGGACCUCUUAGUAUGGAACAUAAUCCCACUAAUGAUAAUGCUCAUUUGCAACUAUUUUAUAAUCGCAAACUUAAGAAAAGUGGUGGCUCAGCGGAAGUUAUUGAAUUUUAAGCGCCACCACUGUAUGACCAAUAAAACAAACAGGACAACGGUUUCUCUAGCUCUCAUGCUCAUAGCUAUUAGUAUAUCGUUCUUCAUUUUCACUAGUCCCACCGCCAUAUACCUUAUCAUUGAAUACGAAGACCCAACAACUCAGUCUGUGGACGACGAACAGCACCUCAAGGCAAGAAAAAAUAUGAUAUACAGCAUACUGGGUGUUGUUACGGCCACAAACUAUGCCACGAACUUCAUCUGUUACUGCGUCAGCGGGACGCACUUUCGACGAGAAGCGAUGUCGGUCUUUUUGAAGAGGAAACCCAGCGCGUCAACAAUAGAACGAAAGCUGUCGGAGUCGCCAUUGUCGAGAGAAGAGCCCAGUAUCGUGUCCAGGGCUCUUGGUAACAGCGAGGAGGUGUACAAAAUGGUCAGCUAUCUUGCCUCCACUGACUAUUCACCGGUGCCACAAAUUGGGGAAUCCGACACAGUUUAAAGUUGUCUUAAAAAGAUUUAUUGUUGUUGUUAUA